GUCGAUCAAUCGUCAGUCGUCUGCUACAAGCCAAACGAUAAAGAACUCUUCGAGCGCUUGCUUUUGAAGAAGCCUAACAGAACGGAAAUUUGAAAAACCGAUAAACCAUCACACGUCGUACAACAAGGAACGCAACGGUUGUUCGCGCUGCUCUACACUCUCACGCCGUCUGCUGUCUUAGAGAAGAUUUGUGGCGCUCUCUGUUGUUUUAAGAAAUUAUAUGCUCUCUCUCUCUCUCGCGGUGUGCCUUACUCUCGUAGUGUGCUCGGCCAACUAACCUAGUCAACAACACUUAAAGCCAGACGGUUUUUAUCAGCCUGUUAACCGAACACUUGUUUCAUACGUUCGCUGAUCGUCAAAGAAGCAACAGCACUGAAACACGCAGUUGUCGCCGCCGCCAAAGUUAACGGAAAAAAGAAAGAACGGAAAUUGCAAAGACUAAAAGAAAGAAAACAUAUGAGAAUAACUAACUGUUCUAAAGAAAAGAAAUUGUGAUAAAAAGUAUUCUAAGUGAAUUUUGAAAAACCCAAAAGUGAACUAAGAAAAUAUUUAAAGAGAAAAAUAUUUCUGUUGGAAACAAAAACAGAAACCUAAGUGUCAAAAAGAAAAACCAUUUUAAAUAAAUCUUGUUUCUCUAAAAAAAAAAAAAAUGGUUACCGGUGUUUGUGGUCCCACCAUGACCGCCAAUGUUAUAGGAGCUCCGGUGCCCCAUGCCGCCAAGGAAACCCCUGCCAAAAGUGAUCGCCGUUCUAACAAACCGAUCAUGGAAAAGAGAAGACGUGCCCGCAUUAACAAUUGCCUUAAUGAACUCAAGACACUGAUAUUGGAUGCCACCAAGAAAGACCCUGCCCGUCAUUCCAAAUUGGAAAAGGCCGAUAUCUUGGAGAAAACCGUCAAACAUUUGCAAGAAUUGCAACGUCAACAGGCUGCCAUGCAGCAAGCUGCUGAUCCCAAAAUAAUUAACAAAUUCAAGGCUGGUUUCACUGAUUGUGCCAAUGAGGUUAGCCGCUUCCCUGGCCUAGAGCCAUCGGUCAAACGGCGCCUGUUGCAGCAUUUGCAAAAUUGCAUUAAUGGCGUCAAAACCGAAUUGCAUCAACAUCAGCGUCAUCAAGCCGAGGCUGCAGCUGCGGCUGCUGCCGCCGCCAACAGUGUGCAACAAAUGCAUAGACCAAUCUUGCCUUCGCCACCCUCCUCGCCCGAACAAGAUCAUCAACAUCACCUGCAACAACAACAGCAACAACAUCAAUACAUUAUGAGCUCUCAAAUUCAACAAACCCCCCAUGGUUACUUUCUGCCCAAUGGCUUGCAAGUUAUACCCACCCAAUUGCCCAAUGGCAGCGUAGCCUUGGUAUUGCCUCAAAAGCAAACGCAGGGCGCCACAAUGUUGAGUAAUGGACAUCCGCCACCCAUGUUGGUGCCCAUUCCCUCACGCACUGCUUCCACAGGAUCGGCCUCCUCCCACAGUUCUCAAUCCACUUAUGAGCAUGUGGCUUAUAGCAAUCCCAAUGCUGCAGCAGCUGCCGCCGCUGCUGCUGCUGCUGCUGCCGCCAUGAUGCAUUUUGCCCCACCCAGUCCAGCCAAUUCGCAUGAGGCCAUGGACUACAAGCCCUCUGUCAUACAUCAUGCCCCUGCUGCCCAACAAAUGCAACAACCUUUGUCCCUGGUCACCAAAAAGCAAAUCAAAGAAGAAGAGCCCGUCUGGCGUCCUUGGUGAAGUGGAGUUGCCGCCAAAGCUGUAGCGGAAUGUGCCGUCUUAGAAACCGACUGAAGUGUUCCUUUGUCAAACACACACACUCACACUCGCACACAAAGGAGGCACCACAUCAAGCUCUAAUGAUGAUGAAAAGAAGUCCAGCCAACUAACUGCCACUCAUCAUAAGUUUGAGAAGGAGGAAAGCCCACAAUGCAAAAAUUGCCAAUGCAAAAUGGCCCAUAUUCAAGGGGGCUGCAAGGCAAACGAAACCAAAACGGAGUGAUCAAACCCAUAUCACACACGCACACACACACACAAGACCAGAACCAACCAAAGAGGGGGUUGGGUUCAAGGCCAAGCUUUAUAGAAAAAAAAUGCGGGCCAGCCAAGGAAAGAAACUUAAAAAGUUCUCCUCACAAGUUCCACUCAUAUCAACACGUUAAUAUGCACUUUAACGUUUUCCGUAUCAAAAGAAAAAAAAAUGGGAAAUGUUACACAGGUGUGUUCCAUUGAUACUUCGCCAACAUUUGACUGCAAUGUCGUCGUUAGUUUUUGAUAUAACCAAUAUAACGGAAAGGCAAAUGAGCUGCAACGCACACAAACAAACUCAUAUGCCUCUUUACUAUACCCCUAAAGAGGGUAUAUCGCUAAAAUAGAGUCAUUGCAUAUGUAACACUCAUGCAGUUGUGAGAGCAUUUUAAUUAGACUCUCUCUCUCUCUCUCUCUCUCUCUCUGUCUCUCGCUGUUAUGCGCGCGCUGCUGCUAAUUGAAAUUGUCAGUCAAUCAUCAUUCUCAUACACUCAUUGAAUCAUCAAACAUGAAACUCAACUACCUCACAUGUAACACAAUAAAAGCAACAACAACAACUUGAAGAUGUCAGUUGAAAUCAAGUAUUAUAGGAAUAACAAUAACAACAACUACAACUCCAAAAGCCACUUGGUGGUUCUUGGAAAUUACAUGUAAAUGUUUAAUUUUUUUAUUAAUAUAUUAUUUUUUUAAACUUCUAUUAUUAUUUGUAAACAAACGGCUUUAAUGACCUGAAUGCUUAAACAAUGAAAUCUUAAAAGUCUUCCUUAAAAAGGCAAACACAAUACCUACCAAUUUGUAAUCUAAACUUAAGUGUUGAAAAAGAAAAAAAACAAAUACAACAACCAAUUGUGAACAAUAAAACACAUCGUGAUAGAAAAAAAGAAAACUGAAAAGUAUAACAAUAAAAUAAUAGAAUUAAAGAACAACAAAAACUUAAUUCAAAAGAAUAAAAAUAAAUUUUUGAAAAAUUUUUAUUUAAAACUCAA